CCCGGUUAUAUCCUAGAUUGCCUUUGCCUCUGGGAUAUGGUUACCAGGGAGGGAUGAGAGAGAAUCAGGUCCCCAUGGCCCCGGCUAACACCCCAGAGGCCCAAGGACCUGAGUUGGAUGUGCUAUCUGUGGGUGAUCUGGAAGAAUUCUUCCAGAACCCAUAGGAAUCAGGUCAAACUCCCAGUAUCAGGGCCGCCUAUUUUGAUCAUCGCCCCCAUGUGGAACUAGAGAUCCACUGGAGCAAAAAUAAUGUACAAUGUGAGCGGGCUUUGAUUGAUACGGGAGCGGAGGCCACACUGAUACAGGGAAAUCCGCGGGCAUUCAAGGGGGAAAAGACAAUAAUUACCGGGCUGGGAGGGAAAACUAUAGAGGCAACAAAAGCAUGGGUAGAUUUAAAGAUAGGGCAUCUUCCUAAACGGCGAUGUUCUGUUUUAAUCGUACCCAUCCCAGAGUACAUAAUUGGCAUUGAUGUGCUAAAGGGAGAAACAUUGCGGUUAGAGGAUGGAAUGUACAGCUUUGGGGUAAGGCCUUAUGUGUCCAUCAAAACCGUUACUGUAGGAAAAUUGUUGAUGCCCCCCAUACAGGUCCCAGUGGCCUUGAAGAGGGUAUACAUUCGACAAUACCGAAUACCGGGAGGGCAUAAAGAGAUAGGUGACACUAUCAAGGAUCUAAUAGCUGCAGGGGUGGUGAGACCUAUCACCACAUCUUGGAAUAAUCCUGUUUGGCCGGUCAAGAAAAGUGAUGGGACCUGGCGUAUGACUGUGGAUUAUAGGGAGUUAAAUAGUAAUACUCCCCCAUUAACGGCAGCAGUACCAGAUAUGGUUACGCUGAUAGAAAAUAUACAGCGUCACCCUGGAAAUAUGUAUGCGGUCAUUGACCUGGCAAAUGCCUUCUAUACAAUACCUAUAGAGGAGCAGUGCCAAGAGCAAUUCGCAUACACCUGGCAGGGACGGCAAUUCACGUUCACGCGCCUCCCAAUGGGCUAUGUCCAUAGCCCCACGAUCUGCCACAGGAUUGUGGCAGAACACAUGGAGGAAGUUACUCUGCCCCCCAACGUGCAGGUCACCCAUUAUAUAGAUGAUAUAAUGAUACAGGGACCUGAUGAGCAGGUAGUGCAACAAGUGUUAGAACAGGUGAUAACCCACUUAAAGAAGAAGGGGUGGGAAAUCAACCCUGACAAAAUACAAGGGCCAGGAACCUCAGUACGAUUCCUGGGUAUACAGUGGACAAAUGGCCGUAGGGAAAUAACCCCUAAAGCCAAGCAGAAAAUAGUGGAAUUUACAUCCCCUAAAACCAAAAAGGAAGCCCAGCGCUUCAUUGGGUUAUUUGGCUUUUGGCGGCAGCAUAUACCCCACCUGAGCCAAAUACUAGCCCCCAUCUACAAGGUUACCAGGAAAAAGUAUAGCUUUGAGUGGGGGUCUAAGGAGGAGUUGGCUUUUGAAACUGCAAAACAGGCCAUCCAAAUGGCGAUGGAUCUGUGGCCAGUAAAGGAAGGGCCAAUAGAUUUAAAUGUGUCUGUCCACAAAGAACAUGCCAAUUGGAGCCUUUGGCAGAAACAAGGGAGAGGGAAAGUCCCCCUUGGUUUCUGGACUAGGAAAUUGCCUGAGGCAGGUGACCGAUACACGCCCUUUGAGCGCCAGUUAUGUGCUUGCUACUGGGCUUUAGUGGAAACAGAGGAGCUAACGUUAGGGCAUGAUGUAUUCUUGAGGCCUGAGAUCCCCAUAAUGAACUGGGUAAUGGGCAGUCCUAAGACCCAUAAGAUUGGACAUGCUCAGGAAUCAAGCAUCAUAAAAUGGAAAUGGUAUAUACAGAACAGGGCAAAGACAGGUCCCAAAGGGGUUGCCGCACUGCAUGAAAAGGUUGCUGAGCAACCCCUCCAGGGGACAGCCCCCAUUCAGGAGACACUAACAGAGGAGUCUCUAGUAAAAUGGGGUGUGCCAUAUGAUCAACUGUCAGAAGAACAGCAAGCCCAUGCUUGGUUCACUGACGGAUCAGCAAAAUAUGUGGGUUCACAGAGGAGUUGGAAAGCAGUAGCCUACAAUCCUGUGACCAAACAGAUGCUGGUGUCUACAGGGAAAAAUGAAAGUAGCCAAUAUGCCGAGUUAGUUGCUGUCCAUCAGGCUAUAGCCUGUGAACAGGGCGAAUGCCACGUAUACACCGACUCAUGGUCAGUGGCAAAUGGGCUAGCCACCUGGCUCCCCACCUGGGAACGGAAAGACUACCAGAUAUACUCAAAGGAGGUGUGGGGGAAGCAGAUAUGGCAGGAACUCAGCAGAUUGGUUAGGGAAAAGACAGUGACUAUUUACCAUGUAGAUGCCCAUACAAAUCAGGAUUCACUAGAACGGCUAUUCAAUUCCAUUGCAGAUGAGGCAGCCAAAGUCUCCACUGUGGAAAGUGAGGAUGUGGAUGAGGAGGCUGACAAUAAGGGUGUGGCCCAGUGGGCCCACCAGAAAAGUGGACACCUUGGAGAGAGAGCGACUCAUAGGUGGGCAUUGCAAAGGGGGAUCAAGCUAUCUAUGGAAGUAAUAAAAACAGAGAUAGCAAAUUGUCCUGUAUGUCAGCAUGUCAGGAAGCGACAGAUUCCUGGCAUGGUGCAAGGGCAUAUCAAAAGAGGCAAGCUGCCGGGCCAGAUCUGGCAGAUAGAUUUCAUAGGACCUCUUCCCUCCAGCAAGGGCUGCCAGUACGUGUGCACGGCUGUGGACACGUACUCAGGCUACCUCAUAGCCCACCCAUGUAAGCAAGCAACUCAGAUAAACACCAUUAAGACCCUAGAAUUAAUCACAAAAUUCUAUGGCACUCCAUUGCAGAUACAGAGUGACAAUGGUACUCAUUUUACAGGACACAUGGUACAGGGAUAUAGUGCAGAAAGAUACAUACAAUGGAUAUACCAUAUACCCUAUUAUCCCCAAGCAGCAGGAUUAAUUGAGCGAAUGAAUGGUUUGCUAAAGCAGCAGUUAAAGAAGCUAGGGGAUGGUACCUUGCAGAAGUGGAGGGACCAUCUUGAGGAAGCAAUUAAUGUUUUAAAUAACCGUCCUAUUACAGAUAGUGAGACCCCACUGUCUAGGAUGAUAAGCAGACAGGAGUACACCGAGUGUCGAGAUCAACAUGCUGUGGUAACGUGUUGGGAAACUAGCCCUGGGGGUUUAGCGCCAGAUAAAUUGCUCCCUCCUAGUGGCGGGAUAUACUUGACCAUCCAGGACCAGGUAACAAUAUCCCCUGAGAGCUCCCAAACCAUAUCAACAGGGAUAGGGGUCCAAAUACCUGACAAGCAUGUGGGUUUCAUAGUUCCAAUGCCCUCUCUCAUAGUCAGAGGUAUUAGCAUAGUGGAGAAAACGCUAGACCCUGGAAAGACUGAGGAAGUGAAGCUCACCCUCCUCAAUAGAGGAAAGGAACAGGGAGACAUGUCAGCAUUAGAAGUAGUGGCAAAGCUUAUAGUUACUCCUACCUGCAACAGUGAGAUAGCGGAACAGGAAACUGCAGAAACUAGGGGAAGGGUGGGCAUAGGGGCUAAGGUCUGGUUGAAACAAGAAAAGGGCCCCCCCGUGCCUGCAGAGGUGAUAGCUAAGGGAGAUGACAAUGUGGUAAUUGUGGUAAAGCAAGGGAGCAAUGAUUGGCUGCAUGUGCCUGCGGGCAAGUGCUAUUUACGGAAUUAA